GUGAUAUAUGACGUCUUUCAAAAAAAAAACCAGCGUGCGAACGUCACUCCGUUAACUUGUCAAAUGUGAAGUUUUACAUGAAAAUUUUUGUAAAAGGGUGUUGUUUUUUUUUGUUGUGAGAGGUAAACAGAGCAUAUAAAAUUAUCACGUGAAUCUGUUAAUGCUUUAUUCGGUACUAAAGUGGUCUUAGUUAUCAGUUUUUAUCGAAGGAAGAUAUCUGGAGCGAUAUGCGGCCAUGUUGAUUGUGUGUAUUGAAAAUAAAAGUGUAGUGUCAUCAGUGAACAGAAAACUAAUUUAUUAAAAACUACGUAACUUGUUUGAACAAAUAAUCCUGUUUGCAAGUACUGAAGCGAAUUAACCAACGAAACUUGAUAAUUUCAACAGGGUAGCGUGCAGUUGACCAAACGAUUUGUGAUAUCCAAAGAGAGUAGCAGCUGAGUUGAGCUUUAGCCAUUUGCAACAGUUGAAAACUGCUCAAAAAUGCGUCGAAAUUCACACGACAUGCAAGUGAAUGUAGCAGGCAUUCGGCGAAAUAUAAAAAAUUUCGCCCACAAUUAUUCAGAUGCACAGAAGAAGGUGCGCGAAGCCACCUCCAAUGAUCCGUGGGGCCCCAGCAGUACUAUCAUGGCGGAAAUUGCCGAUUUAACUUAUAAUGUAGUGGCAUUUAGUGAAAUAAUGCAAAUGGUUUGGAAGAGAUUGAAUGACCAUGGUAAAAAUUGGAGACAUGUUUAUAAGGCUUUGGUUGUACUGGAGUAUCUGAUCAAAACUGGAUCGGAAAAAGUAGGACAGCAGUGUAAAGAGAACAUUUAUGCAAUUCAAACUCUGAAAGACUUUCAGCAUUUAGAAGAAGGAAAAGAUCAGGGUCAAAAUGUUAGAGAAAAGGCCAAGCAGUUGGUGAAUUUGUUAAAAGACGAUGAAAGACUCAAAAACGAGCGAGCUCGAGCAUUAAAAGCAAAAGAACGGUUUGCUCAGAGUGCCAGUGGAUUUGGUAGUGAUGGCGGUUUGGACACUCCAACCAGUCCCAAAUAUCCCGCAUUUAGGGGCGAGUGGGGAAGUCGAGAUUCCGGGAAUUCUGAUAUUUUAGCGGAAUUGCCACGAGAUAUAGAAAUCGCGCGCCCUCAGACUGCCGGCGAAGAAGAGCUGCAAUUGCAGCUCGCUCUAGCCAUGUCAAGGGAAGAGGCCGAACAGGAGGAACAGAAGCGCAAGUCGGACGAUGUGAGACUUCAGUUGGCUUUGAGUCAAAGCCAACAAGAUUUUAAAAAGUCUACUGAAAAAAUACCCCAAAGUCACUUAGUGGACCUGCUAGAUGUUAAUUUGGGCGGCGAUCCCACUCCUGUUGAUCCCUGGGGAAUGCCGCAGCCUCCCAGACCGCAGUCGUUGGACUUAAAUAUUUUUGAGUUUGGUCCAGUGCAAUCUUCUCCUUGGCAAUCAUCCGCUUUAUCUUCUCCCGCACGAAACCAUCCCGCCCCAGUGGCCGAUCCAUGGCAACCAUCAGCAGCACAACCAAUCAGACCUAAGCCCGAUCCAUGGGGUUUACAGGGUGGCGCAAGUGCUCCUCCUAGUAAUCUAUCUCCUGUUAACACCGGAUCUGAAUUAGUUAGGCGCGAUCCAUGGUCACCUACAAGCCCCGGAUCGUCUACCGAUUUGGAUGAAUUUGAUAUUAUUACUAACAGAAACAGGCCUACAUCGCCUAAAACAAACGGGAACAUUCCAACAACAAAUGAUCCGUUUGAGUUGAAUUUGCUUGGUGAUGUUCUUGCACCCUCUGGGUCCAGUCCGUCGAUGGGAGCCACCAAGAAAACCCCUCAAAGCUUCUUAGGGGAGAAUUCCGCCUUAGUCAAUUUAGAUAAUUUAGUUACUACUAGCAAGCCUAACAAUCCAGCCUUAGUUGCCAAUCCGUUCUCCGAUCCCACAGUGCCUCAACCUGCUGCUCGUCCAGUUUUCAAUACGCAGCCUCCUAAACCGACGAUCAACGAAAUCAAACAACAAUCUUUCGCUCAAUUUGGCGGGCAGCCUCAACCAAUUGGGACCGCAUUUGGAGCUGCAGCCUCCGGUGCUCAAGCAGACCCUUGGACACCAGUUCCAAGCAACUCCACGCUCAAUGGCAACGGAAAUGUAGGCGCACCUUGGAUGAAACCUAGCGAACCUGCAAAUCCAUUCUUGUCUUAACAUCUAAACAUUGAAUAUUAAAGACAACAAAUACUAAUUUGGACUAAGUAAACAUAAUGGUGCAAAGUCAUAGAGGAUUAAGUAGCUUUUACGUUGCCCAUUUGAUAUGCCGUUUAUUAACUCCAACCUAUGAUCUAAUUGUUUUCAACCGGCAAUGGUGCAAAUUGAAACUGGAUAGUGAUUAAAUAAUAGUUGAAACUUUUUAUUAAUAAUCAAUUAAAUUCAAAAUAUUUGUCCAGGAAUUAUGAGCAAAUUGCUAACGUUUUCUAAAACACCGUCGGAACUAGAGUGCUUUAAGAAGUUCCUGUUUUAAUUAAAAGCUUUUCUCAAUGAGAUUUUUGAUUCGUGAUUGGUUAAAUUGGUAACACAUUUUCCAUUAUUGAUAAUAUAUGCUCGAUUAAAACAUACAUUUGUAUGACCAUUAUAAAUUUCCAGAUAAGAACGCAUUUUUGUAAUACAUUUUUUAAGUUGUCCGCAUACAAUUCUAGAUCAAUUAUUUCCAGUAUUUAAUUGAAAGCAAGAAACAUUCUAUUUAUAUAAGAUUUAUAUUUGUUGCUUUAUAAGAUGUUCUGUUAUUGUGUAAAUUAAUUAUUUAAACUCUUUAAUUAUCGCUACAAUUGCUAUAGUUGCGUUAUUUUUUAAAAUGUAUAUAAAAUAAACCUUGUUCUAUUUAUAAAGCUGGUAUGCGAUUUAUUAGUCUUACGUAAUUAUCAUUGCAGUGAAAUGUAUAUAGUAUUCUCUUAAGAGUUAGGAUUUUGUAUAAUAUAAGAUGUGGUCCUUAACAGUGGUAUAAUGGAAUUUAUUGUAUCAUUAUAGUUAUUUUCACUUACAUUCAUAAUAAGAAAUAAAAUUAUUAAAUAAC